AUGAUGCUUUUCGAUUACGAAGAAUUGCAAGCUUGUUCUCGAAACGAGACGUGGUUCAAUGCGAAGGCUGUCUCUGGGACGCAUUUGUACUUCGCUACAUAUCUCUUAGCGUACAAUUCGAUUUCGGUAUCAUGGGAAACGAACUAUUUGAGUGCAGCCGAGUUAAUACCCACAGAAGCUCGAGCCAAAGUUACGGCAAUACUCAACAUUGUAACAAGAAUCGGGAACAUUGCUGCUGCUCGAACGGUAGGCAAGUUUAAAGGCCAUUGGGAGCCCGGAAUCAUGAUUACAAUCCUUUGUUCGAACAUAUUCAGUUUCAUAAUAACUUUCAUGUUUCUCAGGGUGAGUUCUGCAACCAAAAAUUCUUGUUCUCCCUAG